AUGGCUGAUUACACCGGCUCUGUCGUCCGAUACACACAGAAUCGAAAGUGGUCCUCAGAUCCGUUGCCGGCGGCUGCCUGUUCUUCGAUUAAUAACCCAUUUGCUGCCGAGUUUGUGCACUCUUGUACAAAUUACAGAGCCCGUGCUUCUUCGAUCAAUCGAGUUUUAUGGACACCUUCUGGGAGGCGUCUUAUUACAGGCUCUCAAAACGGGGAGUUCACUCUCUGGAAUGGUGAGUCAUUCAAACACGAAUUGAGGAUUCAGGCUCAUGAUCAACCAAUCAGGUCCAUGGCGUGGAGUUUUGAUGAUGAAGAUUGGAUCUCUGGUGAUGAUGGAGGCACAAUCAGGUAUUGGAAGAUCAGUAACAUGAGUAAUGUGCUUGUCAUUGAAUCUGCUCACCAAGAAUCGGUUCGGGACCUGAGCUUCUGUCGGAGUAAUUUGAAGUUUUGUUCAUGUUCGGAUGACACUAGUGUUAAAAUCUGGGAUUUUGAACGGUGCCAACAGGAGCAGACAUUGACCGGCCAUGGUUGGAAUGUGACCAGUGUUGACUGGCACCCCACAAACUCUCUAAUAGCUUCGGGUGGGAAAGACAGUGUCGUCAAACUGUGGGAUGCUAGGUCACGGAGAGAACUCUGUUCGUUUUAUGAUCACAAAAAUUGGGUGCAUUCUGUCAAGUGGAACCCAAAUGGUAACUGGCUGCUAACUGCUUCCAAGGAUCAUGUCAUUAAGCUUUACGACUUGAGGGCGAUGAAGGAACUUAAAUCUUUCCGCGGCCAUCAGAACCAAGUGACUGCUCUAGCUUGGCAUCCUCUUACUCAAGACUAUUUUGUCAGUGGGAGUAGUGAUGGAUCCAUUUUCCAUUGGCUUGUUGGCCAUGUAACUCCCCAGGUUGAAAUUCCUAACGCACACACUAACAGUUACAAUAAUAAUAGUGUGUGGGAUCUCCAGUGGCAUCCUAUGGGUCAUAUGAUUUGUAGUGGUAGCAAUGAUCGCACCACCAAGUUUUGGUGCACAACAGGACAUAAAUCUAAAUUCAGUCAGAAUCAAAGUAAUUUUCCCUUUCCAUUUCAUGGACCACCAACUAUUGCUACUCGAGACCAAGGAACCCUUGGUUCAGGAGGUGUUGGAACCAUUAUACCCGGUGUUGGAAUUGCGGUUUAA